UCUAAACAAACACCUCAACAAAAACUACGCUAUUUAUAAGGAAAGAUUUCGAAAAAAGCUUACCAGAAUAUCAACACACAUCGCUUCAUCCACCGAAACCAUAAUUUUCUUUCGUCUUCAAAGAAGAAUUCCAAUUACAGUUCGUUUAGCCGUAAGUAAUCGAUUGAAUUUUCAAUUUCGAGGUGCUUUUUUCCGGUAGAGUUUUUGGUUGAGUUCGCGUUAAUUUCUCUUAUUUGAUGUCGGCGACCGGCGGAGCAACCGUUCCUUCAAUUGAUUUCAUUAAAACUAUAAUUGAGAACGAUAAUCCGCCGUUGGGAGUUAUGAGGAGUCUUCUGUAUAAUCCUGGCUUGAGUGUCGUCUGGACUCCCCAAGAACAGGCCGUCUUGGACGAACUGCUUCUCAAGUAUAGGAAGCGUAUGGAUGACUUUGCAAAUGGGUAUGCCCCAAUAUAUGAUCUUCUCGAGUGUUAUGCUCUAAUUUCCAAUUCACUGGAGAAUAAAACAAUUAGGGAUGUCGCAUUGCGUUGUAAAUGGAUGUCAUACCAAAAUCGGAUGGAAGAUAUAUGGUUUAUGUGUCCAUCAAAUGGUUCAUCUAACACUCAAUUCGCAGAGAACGAUGAAAUGUCAGAAAUUAAUGAACCUGCAAAACAGAUUCUCGAGGGAAAUUCACAAUCAUUAAAUCAAAUUUCAGCCAAUCUCGCAGGUUAUCAGAUCGACAGGAACAUGAAUUUGUUUAGCAAAGUUCGAGAGAAUAUAUAUCAUCUCUGGCAUCAGUCUAAUGAUCCAAGAUUCAUGCAACGAAUGCCAGAUCUUGACUAUGUGGACGAUCAACUUUUUGCAUUCCUUGAUGGACCUCUAUCGGUGUAUAAUCCAUAUUGAUACCUACGGCGUUCAAACUAUAAUGGUGGAUAUAUUUUGAU